AUGUGUGUUGCAUCCUAUGUCGGUGCUGAAGCGGUUGGGGCGGCAGGGGACGCGGAGAGCAAGGAGGACGAGGAGAGGGCGCGAGCAACACGGGUGCACGAAGCAGUGCUGCGAGUGACGCACGACUGGGCCUGGCCUGCUGGGCCCACAGUGCUUGCCGCUGCAGGCUCUAGUGAAACCGCCACCCGGGAUGGCACAAGCGAGGGUGCACAUGCGGGGUACACCACAAGCACUCCUUCAUGGGAGGUCACGCGUGCGCUGCUGGCUCGAGACACGCGCAACAGCUUUGGAGUGAUGGCUCCGUUCAGCCCGGGGGGAGAGAGGGCUGUGAGGGGGUAUGCGGUGUACGGAGCUGCUUCGCUGGCCAACCACUGCUGCUACCCCAAUGCCUGCAGCUGUGACCCCCUCUCCCUCUUGCGUCCCUUCGCCCUCUUGCAUUCCCUUUCUAACUCCUGGCUCUCAAAGAAAGCAACCAGUGACCCCCCUCUCCCUCUUGUCCCCGCUCUCUGGCCUCCCUUCUCUCCUUGGUGCUCUCUGGCCUCCCUUCUCUCCUUGGUGCUCUCUGCCUCCCUUCUCUCCUUGGUGCUCUCUGCCUCCCUUCUCUCCUUGGUGCUCUCUGCCUCCCUUCUCUCCUUGGUGCUCUCUGCCUCCCUUCUCUCCUUGGUGCUCUCUGCCUCCCUUCUCUCCUUGGUGCUCUCUGCCUCCCUUCUCUCCUUGGUGCUCUCUGCCUCCCUUCUCUCCUUGGUGCUCUCUGCCUCCCUUCUCUCCUUGGUGCUCUCUGCCUCCCUUCUCUCCUUGGUGCUCUCUGCCUCCCUUCUCUCCUUGGUGCUCUCUGCCUCCCUUGCACCGCAGCAAGGAGAGGAGGUGGUGGUGUCGUACUUCCCCCUGGGCUGGCGCCUGGGGGAGCGGAGUGCGCGGGUGAAGGAGGAGUAUGGGUUUGAGUGUGGUUGUGAACGGUGCGAGUUGGAGAGACGGAUGGGUGGUGAUGAGAGUGAGGAGGAGGACGAGGAGGGGGGGGAAGAGGAGGGAGAGGAAGGGGAGGAGGGGGAAGAGGCAGAGGAGGAGGGGGAGGAGGGUGGGGCAGGGAGCGAUGGAGAGGAAGAGGAGAAGGAAGAACCAGAUGAGGUGGAUGGGGGAGAAGAGGAAGGUGGGGGAGGGGAGAGAAGCAAGGGCAAGGAAACAAUUGGGAGUGUGGCAGGGAAGGGAGUAGCAGACAGGAAGGGCAAAGGGAAAGCAGCAGGAGAGGAGGAUGCUGAUGAGGCAGAUGGUGCUGCUGAUGGGGAUGACAGUGACGAGGAUGGGGAUGGGCAGACUGCUGACGUGUCAGAUGCUGAGUUGGCACAUGCGCUGUUCUUCAUGAAGCAUCUGUGUGCCGUGGAGGGGUGUGGCGGCACCAUGGCUGCCAAGCCAGGGAGAUGGAUGGGAGGAGGGGGAGGAGGGAGAGGGGGUGGUGGUGAGGGUGCAGGGCAGUACGAGGUGGCAGAUGACAUGGAGUGUAACAUGUGCGGUGCGUUACAGUCUCGACGUGAGCUGCUGAAUGAUCUGUGCUCUUAG